AUGGCUCCUCACCCCAACGAGCAGCAAAUCUCACUGCCCAGCAGCUUCACAUCGAUUCAGGACUUAUAUAAACGUGGACGUGGAAACUUGGUGAACGUCAUUGGCAUUAUCAAAGACUUCAAGCCCCCCAUUCGCACCAGGGGAACUGAUCACAAGUGUGAGAUCUGCUUGUAUGAUCGCUGUAGCGAAGAUGGCUCGUUCGAUUCCAUUACACUCAACGUUUUCCGGCCAGAAAAUGAGAUGCCAGAUCCAGGCCUUGGCGAUGUGAUAGUGUUGUUCCAAGUCAAGUUUCAAGAGCGCUCUGAAGUCCUAUCACUCGUAACGCACAAGACUACAGAUAUUCAUUUGUAUUCGGCACGUCAGAUUCCACCUCCACCGGAGAGUGCCUCGAAUGCACUCCGCCCCGAGCCACGGAAAGCAACCCACAAACCCGGGCAGCCAAUACAUGAAUACGUCUCAUUCUUCUAUCACUCAGUCGAUAAGAGCUGCAUCCCAUCCGAAGUAGAGUUCCAGGACAUCAAGGCGAAAUAUAUCACUGCCAAUGAGAAGUUCAAGGAGCUCAAAGAUGUCCAGGUUGACACAUUUGUCGAUGUGAUAGUUCAACUAGUCAGACAGCCCUACGACAACGACUACAGAAUCACUCUCUGGGUAUCGGAUUACACUGAGAACGACAGCUUCUUUAAUUUUACAUGGAAGGGGCCUACUAUUCGUGCAGAUAAGCCCGCGGAUCCUCAUGAAUAUGAAUCCGUCAUGCCAUACGUUGCAGACUCGGGAGGGGAGUGGAAAGGUCCGUUUGGAAAACGAAGCAUGCAAGUCACUUGCUUCGAUCCGCAUACGGCAUACGUCAGAGAACAAGGCCUUUCCAUAGGUUCUUGGGUCUUUCUUCGAAACCUUCAUAUCAGAAAAGGGCGCAACGACGCAAAUAUCGAGGGCUUCAUGCGAGAAGAUCUAAAGAUUAACAUCGCGCAGAUGGAUACCAAAGACACAGUAUCUCCUGAUCCUCGCCUCAAAGAGGCUCUUCGCCGCAAGCGUGGCUAUGAAGAGCUAAAGAAGAUUCAAAGCCAAGAGAUAUUCAACGCGUCGUGGGCUGGAAAGAAGAGAAAGAGUGACUUGGCCGAGAUGGGAAUAACAUCAAGCGAUAAGCCAAAGAGGAACAAGAAUAAAAAGAAGUCAAAGAAGAAAUCGAUGGGACAUGAAGAGUCUGUGACAUCGUCAGCUGUAGGCUCGACUAUAUCAUCAACAAAUGAUAAUAACUCAAAUGUCAAAUGCGAAUACGAAAACAAACCCAUCAGCACCUUCGAAGAUAUCUUAGAUCCUAUAUACUACAAAACGAAAAUCAACAGCAAGGAAGUCGAAUUACAGCUUCCCUUUGUAAACUUGAACUACCGCGCGGACGUGCGAGUCAUCAAUUUCAUGCCUCCCGACCUCAGAGAUUUCGCUCAGCCAAAAAGGAUGUCGGAAUAUGCGAUGCUCUCUGAUUAUGAGGAGUCGGAUGCAGAUUCCGACGAAGAGAGAGGGUCAAUAGCGGACCGUGCCGCGGUGCGACAGUGGGAAUGGCGAUUCUUCUUGGAAUUAGAAGAUGCAAACUCUCCCAACGACCAUGGUGGGAAGAAGAAAACUCUCUGGGUAGCAGUAAACAACUUUUCUGCGCAGUGUCUUUUGAAUCUGGACGCCUCUGAUUUACAUCAAGACGAGGAUAAUCUCGAUAUCUUGCGUGAUCGGCUAUUCCUCCUAUGGGGAGAACUAGAAGAAAAGAAGAGCAUCAGAGAAGAAAACAAGCGCCGCGCAGCUCGGGCAGCUCUAUCAAAUACAAAUCUGAAUCGGCCUCCGUCGCACAGUUCCGACGAUGAGGGCCCUGCGCCGCGGAAACAUGAAACAGAACUACGAUCGUCGCAAAUCAGCAACCUGCCAUUUAGUUGCUGCAUUCGCCAAUACGGAGUCAAAGUUCGCGAAGAGGAUCCGGCCAAGGCGGACGCAGGCAAAGGCAAGCGGUGGCAGCGAAUGUUUGGACUGUUCGGAACAAAGAUUGUCACACAUCAGCAACAGGCCGUUUAG